AUGAGUAACGCUCCUGAAAAAGAUCUGGCUGGUCUGGAGCAGCAGUUGGCUGCUCCAGACUUGCAAAAUACAAAUGCAAAAAAAACAAGAAAGCUCGUUUCAGUAAAUAGCUUAGAAUGUUGUUAUAGUUCUACUUCUGUCCUCAAAAGUAAGAAAACGGAAACUAAAAAAAAUGAAAAAGCUCCAAAACAGCAAAAGUCUGUUGAAGACAAUAGUAAACAACAAGGAAAGUUUGUGGAAUUACCGGGAGCUGAAAUGGGAAAGGUUGUUGUUAGAUUUCCUCCAGAAGCAAGCGGAUAUUUGCAUAUUGGGCAUGCAAAAGCUGCUCUAUUAAAUCAACACUAUCAAUUGGCUUUUAAUGGCCGUCUUAUAAUGCGUUUUGAUGAUACAAAUCCAGCAAAGGAGAAGGAAGAUUUUGAGAAGGUUAUAUUAGAAGACGUUGAUAUGUUAAAAAUUAAACCCGAUAUUUUUACAUAUACUUCUGAUCAUUUUGAUAAAAUGUUAGAUAUAUGUGAGAAUGGAAUGUUGAAAGAAGGCUUAGCUUACGUGGAUGACACGGAUGGAGAUAAAAUACGUUUGGAACGCGAGCAAAGAAUAGAUUCAAUAAAUCGAAACAACUCAAUUGAGAAGAACCUAGAAUUGUGGAAACAAAUGGUUUUAGGUACAGAAAUUGGUCUUAAGUGUUGUGUUCGGGCUAAAAUUGAUAUGCAAUCUGCAAUGAUAACUGGUGAUAAGUAUAAGGUAUAUCCAACUUAUGACUUUGCUUGUCCUAUUGUGGAUAGUUUUGAAGGUGUUACUCAUUGUUUACGCACCACAGAGUAUACUGAUCGUGAUGCUCAAUAUUAUUGGUUUUGUGAUGCAUUAAAGCUUGGUACUCGCAGCAAUGAAACCAGACCUUAUGUGUGGUCAUAUUCAAGAUUAAAUAUGACUAAUACUGUUCUGUCGAAAAGAAAGUUAACUUGGUUUGUGGAACAAGGCCACGUAGAUGGAUGGGAUGAUCCACGAAUGCCGACUGUCCGUGGUGUCUUCAGGAGAGGAAUGCAGGUGGAAGCAUUGAAACAAUUCAUAGUGGCCCAAGGAUCUUCCAGAACUGUUACAGCUAUGCAAUGGGAUAAAAUUUGGUCAUUGAAUCGUAGUAUCGUUGAUUCAAUAGCACCAAGGCAUACUGCUUUGUUAUUAUCCAAUUCAAAUAAAGAAAAUGUAGUAUUAUCUUAUCCACCAGUUGAAGUUGUUGUAGAGAAUGUUGAAAAACCAUAUAAAAUUGACAAUGUCCCUAAACAUCCUAAAAAUUCCCAAUUAGGACUAAAGAAUUGUGUCUGGGCCGCACCUACAAUUCUUAUAGAUUAUAGUGAUGCAGAAUUAUUAGAAGUUGGACGACGAGCAACAUUUAUUAACUGGGGAAAUCUCCUGAUAAACCGUAUAGAAAGGAACCAAAAUAAUAAUAAAAUAGAGAGAAUUCAUGCAGUGUCUGAUCUUGAAAACACAGAUUUUAAAUCUACAGUCAAAGUUACGUGGUUACCAAAAACCGAUUAUUCAGAAUCUGAAGAAGUCUUACCUAUUCUGGUACCAGUUGUUUGUGUUUAUUUUGAUCACUUAAUUAGUAAAGCAGUAUUAGCCAAAGAUGAUGAUUUCAAGCAAUACUUAAAUACAGAAAAUAGUCGUUGGGAAUUGCAAAUGAUAGGUGAUUCAGAGUUGAAAGAUUUAAAGAAGGGAGAUGUGAUUCAGUUACAACGUAGAGGUUAUUUUAUAUGCGAUUCAACUUAUCAGCCAUACAGCAUUCACACUGGAAAAGAAACGCCAAUAGUGUUGUUUAACAUACCUGAUGGUCACACAAAAUCAGCAACACCAAUAACUACCGUUCCUUUACCAAUCACCACAAGUAAUAUUAAGAAAAAUACAAACAAGAACAUUGACUCUGUAAUCAGCCAGAUAAAUGAUCAAGCUAAUAAAAUACACGUUAUGACGGCUGACUUAGAAGAAGCUGGAAAAGUCUUACAUGCAUUAAAAGCAGAAUAUAAGAUUUGCACAGGGGUUGACUUUCCUGCUACAGGAAUUUCCACACCACAGACAGUUAGUAACUCUAUUUCUGGACAAAGUAAUCAAUCUGCAGAUGCAAUAGUCUUAAAAAUUAAUGAACAAGGAGACAUAGUGCGAUCAUUGAAAAAUAGUAAAGCUUCUAAGGCAGACAUUGGGGAAGCUGUCAAAGUCUUACUUGCUUUGAAAGCAGAGUAUAAAAGUAUUGCUGGGGUUGAUUUUCCUGUAGGUGGUAUUCCCACACCAAAGCUAGUCAGUAACACUAAUUCUGAUCAAAGUAAACCUUCUGUUGAUUCAAUAGUUGUGAAAAUUAACGAACAAGGAGAUAAAGUGCGAUCAAUGAAAAACAAUAAAGCUUCUAAAGCAGACAUUGGAGAAGCAGUCAAAGUCUUACUCGCUUUGAAAGCAGAGUAUAAAAGUAUUGCUGGGGUUGAUUUUCCUACAGGUGGUAUUCCCACACCACAGCUAGUCAGUAACACUAAUUCUGAUCAAAGUAAACCUUCUGUUGAUUCAAUAGUUGUGAAAAUUAACGAACAAGGAGAUAAAGUGCGAUCAAUGAAAAACAAUAAAGCUUCUAAAGCAGACAUUGGAGAAGCAGUCAAAGUCUUACUCGCUUUGAAAGCAGAGUAUAAAAGUAUUGCUGGGGUUGAUUUUCCUACAGGUGGUAUUCCCACACCACAGCUAGUCAGUAACACUAAUUCUGAUCAAAGUAAACCUUCUGUUGAUUCAAUAGUUGUGAAAAUUAACGAACAAGGAGAUAAAGUGCGAUCAAUGAAAAACAAUAAAGCUUCUAAAGCAGACAUUGGAGAAGCAGUCAAAGUCUUACUCGCUUUGAAAGCAGAGUAUAAAAGUAUUGCUGGGGUUGAUUUUCCUACAGGUGGUAUUCCCACACCACAGCUAGUCAGUAACACUAAUUCUGAUCAAAGUAAACCUUCUGUUGAUUCAAUAGUUGUGAAAAUUAACGAACAAGGAGAUAAAGUGCGAUCAAUGAAAAACAGUAAAGCUUCUAAAGCAGACAUCGGGGAAGCUGUCAAAGGCCUACUUGCUUUGAAAGCAGAGUAUAAAAGUAUUGCUGGGGUUGAUUUCCCUGCAGGUGGUAUUCCCACACCACAACAAGCUGAUAAAUCUAACUCUGAGUUAAGUAAACCUUCUUCUGCUGAUGCAGUAGUACGGCAUAUAAAUGAACAAGGUGAAAAAACAAUGUUGACGAAAAACAAUAACACUUCAAAAGAUAAAAAAUCAAAGAAAAAAGAGAGUAUUGCUGUGGCCACUACUAAAACGUCCGAUAGUACAAACACUAAAAAAGUAACAAAAUUAGGGUUGGAAGUACUAAAGGUAUCCGAAAAUCUUGGAGAAUGGUAUUCUCAAGUGUUGGUUAAAGGCGAAAUGAUUGAAUAUUAUGAUGUAAGUGGAUGUUACGUACUCAGGCCUUGGGCUUACAGAAUAUGGGAAUUAAUACAAGAAUGGUUCGAUGCACGGAUUAAGAGAAAGCCUCUUAAUAUACGGAAUUGUUAUUUCCCAAUGUUUGUAUCACAAGGAGCAUUAGAAAGAGAAAAAGAACAUAUUGCAGAUUUUGCACCAGAGGUAGCUUGGGUUACCAAAUCUGGUGAAACAGAUUUAGCUGAACCUAUUGCUAUUAGACCAACCAGUGAGACUGGGAUGUAUCCAGCUUUUGCGAAAUGGAUUCAGUCGUACAGAGACUUGCCAUUGAAACUCAAUCAAUGGAACAGCGUUGUGAGGUGGGAAUUCAAACACCCUCAACCCUUCUUGAGAACAAGAGAGUUUUUGUGGCAAGAGGGUCAUAAUGCGUAUGCAACUAGAGAAGAAGCAGAACGUGAUGUAUUAAUAACAUUAGGUUAUUAUGAGUAUGUGUACAAGAAUAUGCUGGCAGUACCAGUGAUAAAAGGUAAAAAAACUGAAAAAGAAAAGUUUGCUGGAGGAAUAUUUACUACUACUUGUGAAGCAUAUGUAGCAUCUAGCGGUCGUGCAAUUCAAGGUGCCACCUCACAUUAUCUGGGUACCAAUUUUGCUAAAAUGUUUGAUGUUCAUUUUGAACAUCCAGACACACACGAGAAAUCAUUUGUUCAUCAGAUUUCAUUUGGAAUGACAACUAGAACUAUUGGUGUUAUGGUAAUGGUUCAUGGUGAUGACCGUGGGCUGGUUUUACCUCCACGCGUAGCAUCUAUUCAAGUAAUUAUUGUACCAUGUGGUGUAGGAGUUAGCACAGCAAACGAAGUCAAAGAUAAUUUGACUAGAACUUGUUUAGAUGUAUGCAACAGAUUAAAAGGAGAUAGUCUAAUUGAAACUGAUGAUGAAAAUGACAAUAGUGUUAUCCAACAUCGUAAUUCUUCCUUAGUGAUAAGAGCGGAUACCGACUUGCGAGAUAAUUAUUCACCUGGAUGGAAGUUCAACCACUGGGAGUUGAAGGGGGUUCCACUGAGGUUAGAAAUUGGACCAAAAGAUUUGGAUCGUAACCAAAUGGUAGCUGUGCGGCGAGAUAAUGGAGAUAAACUAACUAUUCCCUUAGAGGGACGUCCAAAUGAUGGUGAAAACGAUAAGAUGGUCAUAAGAAUAACCGAGUUAUUGAAUCAAAUACAACAAGAUAUGUAUAAUAAAGCAGAGCAGGAAAUGAAAGAAAAUGUUGUGAUAUGUCGUAAAUGGUCAGAGUGUGCUGCGCAGUUAGCAGCAAAACAUUUAUUAUUGAUACCGUUUUGUGGACGUCCUAUUUGCGAGGAUAACAUCAAACGGGAUACCACAUUGGAUGAUGGUACUGCGGAUGUUGGAGCUUCGACAAUGGGAGCAAAGUCGUUAUGUGUGCCAUUUGAACAGCCCAAGGGGGCAGAUAUAUUGAAAUCCAAUGACCAGUGUAUACAUCCAGAAUGUGGGCAGCCAGCUGGAUCUUUCACCCUAUUUGGCCGCAGUUAUUAA